AUGGCUCGCCGGCUCGUCCGCACGGGCGUCCAGCUCGGCUUAAUCGUUUCUUUUGUGCUUCUCGUCGUUGUGUUCCUUGAUAACCGAUUCCGUGUCCUCCCCGAGUCCAUCCAUGGCCAUCUGCCCAUGCACUACCCCGGAUAUGUGAUCACCGAUGUCACGGUCAUCAGAUGCUCCUCACUCAACCCUUUCUCGAAUUGCAAGUCGGACCCGGAUGUCUGGCACCGCGUCAACAAAGACCUCUAUCUGCGCUCGGGGUGGACCUCAACUGCCUACAUCCAAUUUCAGCGGAAGAAGGAGAGUGAACUGGGAGCUGAUGACCGAGUGGUUGUCGAUCUGAAGAUUAGUCGCCUCACUCCGCCGACUGACUAUACCGCUGCCAAUGGUGGUAAGGGGGUGGAGGAGGCUUGGGAAUCCCGACCUGGUGGCAUCUGGUUGAAACGAUCCUCCUCCCGUCACGCUAGCGACUCAGAGAAGGCAGUGACAUACAUCGAUGUGCUUUUUGGCGCGGACGCUGUUGACCCUCGUCCUAACUGGGAAGUGAAGGAUACACCCCCUGCUGUUGGACGGAAGCCUACUCCCAGGAUCAACGAAGGUGGAAAAUUCAAGGUCAUGCAGCUGGCAGAUCUUCAUUUGAGCACUGGCCUAGGUGACUGCCGUGACCCUGUCCCGGCGGAAAUUGUACCUGGACAGAAGUGCGAGGCUGAUCCUCGGACCUUGGAAUUUGUGGAACGUCUCCUCGAUGAAGAGAAGCCUGAUAUGGUUGUUUUCAGCGGUGAUCAGGUUAACGGAGAGACUUCGCCUGAUGCUCAGAGCGCCCUCUUCAAGUCUGUGAAACUUCUCGUUGACCGCAAGAUCCCAUAUGCAGCCAUCUUUGGAAACCAUGACGAUGAAGGCGAUCUGAGCCGAGCACAGCUCAUGUCCAUUUACGAGGACCUUCCCUAUUCCCUUUCAACCACCGGCCCCGAAGACAUUGACGGCGUCGGAAACUACAUUGUCGAAGUUCUCGACCGUGGCAAGAGCACGCACUCUGCCCUUACUUUCUACCUCCUUGACACUCAUUCCUACUCUCCCGACGAACGCCAAUUUAGAGGCUACGAUUGGCUCAAACCCAGCCAGAUACGUUGGUUCAAAAAUACCGCCCAAAGCCUGAAAAAGAAACAUCAGGAAUACUCCCACAUCCAUAUGAACGUUGCUUUCAUCCAUAUUCCGUUGCCCGAAUACCGGAGCACCAACUUGUACUUCAAGGGCCAGUGGAAAGAGGCCCCGACGGCACCGGGCUUCAAUUCUGGCUUCAAGGAUGCUCUCGAAGAAGAGGGUAUUUUGUUUGUCAGUGGUGGACAGUAA